AUCUAUAUAGUAUAAGUGAGGACCUUAAUAGUUAAGUGGUUUAUUAUCAAAGUAAACCAUAUCAGUAAAAACCACAUCGAUAUAUAGUGAUCAGUGGCGUAUAGAAGAGUAUAGAAAAUAUUCAAAAGCCAGUUGCAGAAAACUUCGGCAGCCCUCCAUCUAACUUUUCUUAAGCAGUCCAUGAGUGUACUUUUAUUUAUUUUCAUCUAACUUAGUUUGUUACCAUAGUACAAAUCUAUUCACUCACUCAUUUCGCGUAUGUCAACAUGUUACGUUCAUUUUUAAUAUGCAAUUUUCUCUUGCUAUUCGUGCAACUUUCUCAGCAGCAAGCACCAAUUAUAGAAACUUCGCUGGGCAAAAUAAGUGGUAAUGUGUUGACAUCGCGUAAAAGUCGAGAUAUCUACGCAUACCGGGGAAUACAUUAUGCUAAACCACCGACGGGAUUGAGACGAUUUGCAGCACCAGAACCAGUCGAAGCAUGGAACGAAACGUUAAAUGCAUCAAACGAUGGACACUCGUGCCCACAAAGUUUUACCAUGGAGACAAUAGAUGAGGACUGUCUAAAUUUAAAUGUAUAUACUGUUAAUGUAACGGCAUCCAAUCCAGUUAUAGUAUAUAUACAUGGUGGUGCAAACAUAUAUGGAAGCGCGCAUAGUGAAUAUGGAGCAGGUCCUCAGAAUUUGCUCGAUGAGGAUGUGGUUCUAGUUAGUAUUUCCUUCCGCUUAGGAGCAUUCGGUUUCCUAAGUAUGAAGACAUAUGAGGCCAGUGGAAAUUAUGGGUAUUUGGAUCAAGUGUUAGCACUCAAAUGGGUACAACAGCAUAUUAAAAACUUUGGUGGUGACGUCUCCAGGGUGACUAUUAUCGGGGAGAGUGCGGGCAGCAUGGCGGUUACCCUGCACUUGACAUCACCAAUGUCGAAAGGUUUGUUUCAUGGAGCCAUUGCAAUGAGUGGCAGUGCAACAAAUCAUUAUGACAUAGAUAAUGUAUAUUGGAGCCGGAAAUUAGCUUAUGAUCUUGGUUGUCCCAGAUACAAUACACAAUACUUACUGAAUUGCCUCAGACAGAUUAGUUGGCAGCGAAUAGUGAAUAUAACCGAUAGUUGGGAACCAUACGGAACCCCAAACAUCAAGUGGAAUUAUGAAAUCGAUGGUAAAUUUCUACUGGAGCGCCCAAGUGAGGCUAUCCUCAACAAUCGAUUCAAUCGUGUACCAAUUAUGGCAGGUAUAACGAAAAAUGAGUUUGAUUUUGCACCACAAGUGAUGCAGAACAAAACUUACCUUCUUGAUGAUAUCAAUGAAAACUUCAGUUUUUACGCACCAGAUUUCUUGCAAUUCAACGGCACAAAUAAUAGUGCUCGAAAGGCGGACGAAUUACGUGAGUUUUAUUACAAUAAAACAGAGAUAAACAAAUAUAACCUACUUGGUCUUGGUCAAAUGACAUCGGACGGCCUUAUUGGGCAUGGUGUACAUAGAUUGGUGGAGCUUGCUAGAAAAUUCACAGAUGUCUACUACUAUCGAUUUGAUUAUGUUGGUGAAAAAUCACAAUUUACGGAUAAUUCUGGAAAUCCUCAAGGAAUAUGUCAUUCGGAUGAUUUAAUGUAUAUUUUCCCAACCAAAAACUUUGAGGUAGAGAAGAAUUCCACUGAUAUGUUUAUGGUAGACCGCAUGAUUAACGUAGUAGCAUCAUUCGCAGCUGAUCGUAAACCACCAAUAGUGGAGACAAUUACUUGGGCACCUUCCACUUCCAAAGUCAUAGUAGUUUUCUACAAUAAUAAAUACCCAUUUAUGAGUAACCCAUUCUAUGUUGAACGUUAUGCAAUAUGGGAUGAAUUGUUCCCGUUACAGGAAAAUUGCUCUACAAUGAGACUUCCCACCUUAUUUCUACUCCUAUUCAUUGUAUGCUGGAAUCUAUUGUAAUCAAUUUUUAAGUUUUAAGAAUUAUAAAAAAUUGCAAUAAUAUUUGAACUUUUAAGAUAAGAUUCUUACUAAAAUAUAAAAUUUUGAUAGCAUAUUUACCAUUGAGGUAAACGUUAUGUAAGAAGGAGGUAACAGUUCACGAAAUCUAUGAUAAUAGAGAGCACGCAUUACUGAUAUAAAUACUUCGUUAAUAGAAAAUUACAAAAAGGUAAAUAAUUAUUUAAAAUAAAUUUAGUGUUUUUGACGUUUUCCGUUAGUGAGUUAACGCACUUUUAGUAAUUUUCAACCUAACCUUUGUAUGGGAGGUGGGCGUGGUUACUAUCCGAUUUCAACUACUUUCAUGGGGUGUGAUGAGGUAAGUAAGGGAAACGACUGCAGAAAGUUUGGUUUAUAUAGCUUUACUGGUUUGCGGCAUAUAUACAAAUAACCAAUUUGGGAGUAAGGCCAGUAAAAUGAUAAAAUUUCGAACAUGAAAAAAUAAAACUUGAUUUCUCAACUCUCUGACACGCUGUGCGAUGAAUAUUUUCAGUUCCAGAUUAAGAUUCUCCAUCACGGAGUCUUUUUGAUAACCUGCCCUGGAAACUAUUUCCAGAAAGUUGAGAUCUAUAUUAAACUGCCUUGGUAAAAAGUAUUAUAAUAAUAAUUAUUUGCUUAAAGCUUUAAAAAAGUAAUUUGAAAAUAAGAUGGCUUUGGUUUAGAUUUAGAAAAGAACUGAAUAUUAGUUCUGAUCAUUUUUCAUUUCCGCAAAAUAUUCAGAGAGGCAACUUGUGCGAAAUCAAUAAAUAAAGGAAAUCAAUAAAGGAACUUUUAUAACCGUGGUAUUUAAAUAUACAGUGGGGAGCAAAACCGUCAACAUGUUUACUGAAUGCGACUAAAGGUCCUUAUAUCUUUUUUUCUACUAGCAGUAUCGGCAACAUUUAUACACCAAAAUAAAGAUAAUAAUUCAAUUUAUUAAAAAUAGAAAACAGAACAGCUUUUUUUUAUUCUUGAACGAAAAUAUA